AUGGACCUCGCCUGCAGUGGCUUCACCGCCGUCAAUGUCGACGCUGACUUUGAACAACCUGAAGACAUACACGAAUAUUUCUCCCUACAAGCUCCACCCAAUACCAAUAUCUGGCGGAAGCCAUCCGCCACAGAUGACACCACCGCACCCAUGGUGUUGAAGCGUUUACGCCAAUCCUUCAUCCUCGCAGAAGUCACCGUGUCUGCUGAUUUUGCCAUGGAGUUCGACCAGGCUGGUCUGGUUAUCUUCGCCGGCUCGCCUCCAGACUCACCACUGUCGCGAUCUCCCAACGUACGCAGAAGCCCCCGGUACCUCAGAACCAGAAUGGAGACCCUGGCCGGAGGGAAGUGGGCCAAGGCUGGCCUUGAAUUUACUGGCGGAGAGCUUCACGCUGCCUCCGUGGUGGCUAUCUCCAGUUGCGGUGCCGAUUGGUCGUCGUCAGCACGAAUGCCCUCUCCCUCAACCACAUUUGACCCAUUCUCCCUGACGUCGCAGUCACUUCGCGUCAAAUUCGAGCGGGUUGACGAAUCCUUGUGGAUCUGGUACCAGAUACCGAACCUCAGCCCGCCGCCGCCUGAUUGUUACCCAUCACCCACUUUCGAUCCCGGUCGACGAAGUCCAGAAGAUGUGGGAUCGGGCUGGAAGAAAAUGCGGGAGAUUAUGGGGUUCUUCGGGGGGAGGGAGGAGAAGGGAAGUAUCUGGGUAGGUUGCUAUGCAAGCCGACCGAUGAACUUUGAACCUAGCAAUAGCUGGGAGGAAGUGGAUGCCUUGGUCGCCGAGUUUGAAGACUUGGACAUAUUAUGA